GGGAGGAGUCAAGCGAAGGAAGGAGCAGCUGGGAGUCCCACACUUCGCCCUCUCUCUCCCUCUCGAAAAAAUGCUCCAAGUGUAAUAACAACUCUCCACACGCUCUUCUCUGUUGUUUUUGACGCGCAUCUGUGGUCUGCUGUCGGCAGAUUACAAUCGGCUGGCCCAUGGUGUUGAGUAGGAGAAAACUGUGAGAAGGAGGAGAAAAGACAAGCAAGAGGAAAAACUCUGGCUGCGCCGCUUUGGAGUUGGACUUCCAGCGUUUGAAAAAAAAAAAAGAAGAGAGAGAGAGAGAGAGAAAAAGUCCAAGGCAACUCCAGAGGAACAUCUGCAAACUUAAGAAGAAAGAAGAAAAACGAACGCAAACAUUUUUUCCCCCUUCCUUCAAGAGAAGUCGAGAAAAAGCAGAGAAAUCAUCCAGAAACAAAUUCCACCGUCUCCAUGAGGUCCUGAGGAAUGAACGAUUGCCAUGGAAACCCAGUCACAGGCCAGUUCAGCAGCUGAGAAGAAGAAGAGGGUGGAGACCAUUGUGGCUACGAAGGGCUCAUCGGCACGCACUGACAUCAGCGAGAAGGCGGUGGCUUCCAGUACCACCUCAAACGAAGAUGAGAGUUCGGGGACGCCGUACCACCGCGAGAGACGCAAUGCCAUUAGCUCCCAGGCCCAGACGCCAGGUGCCCUCGACAGAACCGUGAACGAGGAACCCUCCACCUCCACAGAGGAACGCCCGUCCCUGCUCAAGAAGGAGCUGCACGGCUCCCUGCCCCAUCUGUCUGACCAUGCUCUGCCAUACAGGGGCACGCUGUUUGCCAUGGACCCCCGCAACGGCUACCUAGACUCACACUACCCCGCUCCACCGUUCUUCCCCACCUUCCAUCCUCCGGUGCCAAUUGACGACAGACACACCCAGGGACGUUACAUCUACGAACCGUCGCCCGUGAACCCUCUUCAUGUGACUCCAUCGAUAGCGACCACGCCGGCUUUCUCCGACAUCUCCCUCAUUCGGAUCUCCCCCCAGCGGAACCCGUCCAUGGGGGCGGAGUCGCCCUUCCACCCUCCUCACCCCUACAUCAGCCCAUACAUGGACUACAUCCGCUCCCUCCACAGCAGCCCCUCCAUCUCCGUCGUACCGGCCGCGCGGGGCCUCAGCCCGGCAGAUGCGCCUCACGCCGGUCUGACCACAGCUGAUUACUACCACCAGAUGGCUCUGCUGGCGGGCCACCGCAGCCCAUACGCCACAGACCUUCUCCCGUCUGUGGCGUCCACCGGCAGCGCGAGCAGCGCCACCGCCCUGCACAUGGAGUACCUGCAGGCGAUGGAGAAUUCGCGCUUCUCAAGCCCAAGGCUUCCGGGACGGCCCAACAGGAAGCGCCCCUUGACCAUCUCUCCGCUCUCUGAGCACAGCCUCGAUUUGCAGACCAUGAUUCGUAACUCCCCGAACGCCAUAGUUACCACACUGAUGAACAGCUCACGCUCCAGCUCCUCCACCAGCGGCUCCUACGGACAUCUCUCCGCCAGAGCAAUCAGCCCGUUGAACUUCCCCUACCCUCCAACUCCGGUGGCGUUACACGUCCACCAUCAGCUGAUGGGCCGCCAGCCGGGGAUCAUGGGCUCCGCCUUCGGCCACAGCCCGCCGUUAGUCCACCCUACGCCGGCCUUUGCCAGCCAGCGUCCCGUGCCUGGCAUCCCCCCGACUGGGCUCGGCGCCGGCGAUCGCUCGGUCAUCUCCAACGACUCGUCACAGGCCAAGCCGACUAGCGAGUCAGCUGUGAGCAGCACCGGCGACCCGAUGCAUCACAAGCGGUCCAAAAUGAAACCGGAGGAUGAGUUGCCGAGUCCCGGAGCGGUGAGUGUGCAGGACCAUCCUGAUGGGAUGACUCUGGUGAAGGAGGAAGGCGACAAAGACGAGAGCAAACAGGAGCCGGAGGUGGUUUACGAGACAAACUGCCACUGGGAGAACUGCUGCCGUGAGUUUGACACCCAGGAACAGCUGGUACAAGUAAGUAUCCAGCAGCCCUCACAAUAUAUGAAGGCUUUCUUCCUCUGUAGUCUUCCAUAAGUAAAACACAUUUAACACAGCUGCCCGUCGUCUCGGGAAUGUAACGAUUAGCAAACUGACCGCAAGAUCAAGCAAUGUACUGCUAAGUGAAAUCACCAAAAACACAAGUACUCCAUUUCAAACUCUACACUAACUGAGGUUAGUGGGGGGAAUUUUAAACGUUCAUGACAGUAUAAUUAGAACAAGAUAAAAAAAAGUACAGCUUGUUUGGCAGCAUAGCUGGGAGACUGGAGGCAUUAUCAGAGAAAAGGGACAAGCGUUUAUGCCUCUCCAUAAGAUUAGCUUCCUUUGCCAGACCAGUAAGACACAACAGGUGUACAAUCCUACAGAGCUGCUCAAAAAAACAGACAAGCUGGGUCUUUUUUUUUUUUUUCCCCCACCUAUCUCCCCGGACCUCAGCUUCUGUGUCUGGCAGGCCACAGCAGAGUGAGGGCCUUGAGCGCUGAACGUUAGUAAUGCUGAAUUCCUGAUUGGUUCCACGGAUCGUGAUAAUGGGCUCAGAAGCUGGAGUCCCAUCUCACAGCUGGAUGGUGUGAACUUAUUUGGCGGGUUAAGCCUCACAGAAUUCUGUGUACUCUACCAGACCGAACCAACUCCCUGUCUGUUAUCAUAAUUCUUGCAGACGCCUGGAGAUGGAUGUUUCCCGGUCAUACUUCGCCUGUGGCUUUGUGGAAAGCUAAAAAAAAAAAAAAGAUGCCAUUAGCGUAAUCAUCAUGUCACCCCUACUGUGGCCAGAGGUGCUUUUAGCUUUGCUUUGCAGCAUCUGAACCACUUACCCUUCAUCUGAGCGGGAAACCAAACUGGAGUUGGACAAGCGAUGAAAUUACACCCAUACAAGCGAUGGGGAAGGGCUUACACAGACAUGUGCAGCUGAGAAACACAUCAGGACACAUCUGAUAGAAAGAUCCUAAGCUCUCCACAGCUGUCUACUUGCCGUCUUGACAUCGCAAUCCUCAGCUGCGGUGGUAACCCCUAUCUAUAAUUGAUAUCCUCAGCACGAAAUGGGCUUGCCUCCCGUGUUUGAAGGGCUCAGCUCAAAAGGUUGAGGAUCUUGACAACUUCUUGCCCCUGUUUCAGGAGGUAGGAUGAGUAAAAGCAGUUGGGAGAGAAGUGGAGGCGAAUAUUGCUCACCUUCUCCCCCUGCUGUACUCACAGCCCGGUUGCCUUCAUAGGGAAACAAUAUGUCCUCUCUGAUUAGUUUUCACGUUUCUGUCUUGGAAAUGUUUUUUUUCUCUGGCAUCAGACUUUCUGAUAUGAUGUUUUAUUUCUCAUUUUUAAUGCACAUGGAGAUGUGCGGAGAGAUGCCAAUAACAGUCCUCGCCUACAGACUCCCUGCCCCUCUAAUUCAGCAGAGCGGACGGGAAAAUGCUCUUAUCUCUCCACACCCCCACCCCCUCAGUAAUAGGAUAAGUACAGUAUUUGGACCACAGUGGCUCUCUUCACUCUCUGGGAGGGGUUUGGGAUGGCAGCGGCGGUGGUGGUGGUGCCGGUGGUGGUGGAGGGGAUUUCCAUAUAUCCAAACAAUGGCGCGUCCCUUCCCCCGUACUUGUCUUCUGAAACAGCUUCAGGGAGGAAAAGCGUUAUGAGAAAAAAAAAAUCCAUCAGUUUCCCCUUAACUGAAGCAGUUCUAAUGUUUAAGUUUCAUUUUCAGAAGUGCUUGACAAGUCUGUCAAGACGUACUCACUUUCUGAAGUGUUACAAGUAAGAAAUCCACAGUGAAAUAUCCCCUUUUCUUUGUGGUUGGCCUAAUUUUGGAAUUAAGCCUUCACGCCACCCUCAUUGCUUCCCCCCUUGUACAAAAGCGCUUCCUGUAGUGCUCUUGAUGCAUAUUUCUGCACCCCUCAAACAUUCUUUUCACCGGCGUUCCCUUUAUCACACGCGUAUAAGCACUCACGGUGCCACCGAUAAGAUAAACAUCAGAUCUAUGCAAUUUGGCCCACUUUAUCAGGCCUACCCAGUCAGCAAAAGCGAGGCGGGUGUCAAUUUUGUAGUUUGCGAGAUUUAUUUGAUUUAUUGUAUUUCUACUCGUUCUACCUCUCCAUCGUGGUUUAAGCUCAACAUUCUCUAGCCCUCCCCCCUCUUUUUGGGGACACUUCCCCCUCUCUUUCUUGCUCUCUCAUUUUCUAUUUUACUUUCUCCCCUCCUCUUUUUCCCCUCAGAGGGAACACUUUUAAAGAUAAGGCCUGGUGGCUUUUUUUAAUGUAUCUCUUGAAGUUGGCUUUUAUUCAGCUUUUUGUUGCCAUAGAGGCCAACCCCUUAUUGGCAUAAUUUCCUAUUAUUACAGCCUUGCUCAACAACCUUAUUAUUAUUUUAUUGUUGAUCUUUUAGAACAUUUUCACAGCAGAUAAGUCUACAAGGGCACAGUGUGGAUAACUUAGUGACAUCAUUGUAACAACUUGCAAUAAAUCUAUUUACUUUUUCUGGUGUUAUUGGAGAUUCCUGGAGUCUGACAUUAAAGCACAAAUUGAUUUUAGUUUACUAAUAAUGACCAGCGGGUUUUUGCUGUGGACCCCAGCCCUGUCCCAGAACACUCACAGGUGGCCCGGUCUUAGCUCUGAAGAUUCAGUGUCCAGACUGCAGAUGAGCUUUCUGGCUGAUCUUUCAAUCAAAGCAAGAUGCAAAUGUAAAAUGUUCUUUCUCCAAAAGAAAACUCAAUACCGUUCCAAGUUUAUUUUAGGAAAGGAAGCUCAAAUGUUGAGGUUCACUUCUAAAAAUCAUCACUAAAAGGACAUUUUUCAGCCAGCUUUGGCUGAAAUGCCAACAAAUGCUAACAAACCCAAUUUAUCCAAUAGUAGUAUGUGAAAGCUUUAGAUGAUAUGGUGUUUAGGUAGACUUUCAAGCAAACAAAAUAUUUCCAAAGUUUGUUAUUAGGGCUGCUGAAGGUCUCAGAGGUUCAUAUGUUUUAUCACCAGGUCAAACACACACUCGGCGUUGUAAUGCUCUCAGAUGGAAAGCUGUUACUCCAUGUGUGCAGCCUUGUUAAAACUCCUGUUGUGUGCUUCCCCAGUGUUAAAGAAUGAUAAACGCUGGCACAGUCUGAAAGCACACCCCCCCUUCAGCCCUCUCUGGCUGCUGGCACAGGCCUUUAAUUGGUAAAACGCUGCUUUUUUUGAUCAUGAGAAGGAUUAGGCCCUUAUCUGUCUAGAGUAUCUUACUCCAAGAUGAAAAGACUGCUGAAUUACACAUGCCAAUUUCAGCUCCCUGCCCCCUGCUUCUCAUUCGCUUUCUCUCAUCCUCCCUCCUUUUCUCACUAACCCACUCUCAAUUCCCACUUUCAUUUAAUCUCUCUCUCUCUCUAUCUCUCUCUCCCUCUCAUUGCCUUCCAUCUUUUCCUUUUCUGUGCUUUUUUUUCCCUCCCCACCUCUCUUUAUACAAAGCAUUUCAGCAACUGACAUCACAAAAGAGCAUAUGAUUUAUUAGGCAAUGUUUGAUAAAGCUAAACGGUGUUGCGGGUCCCAUCGCUUUGUGAAAUUGCCUUGUAAACAGACCCUCUUUUCAUGCACGCUUGCAUUCUAAUGCAUGAGGGCAGCGUCCCAAAGAGGGUUUGAUAAGGAAACAUGGAAAUGAAUACUGAAGUGAACAAAUAGUGGGAAGUAGCAGGGAAGAAAAUGAUAUGAUUUAGUGUAUUCCAAUAUCAAGUGUUGAGAUGUUGGAAAACAGCAUAAAGCUAUAAUUCAAAUUGUUAAAGCUGCAAAGCAGCAUUGAAUGACCCCUUGCACUUUAGUGGUCAGAAGCUUUGAGCCUGGAAUUGCGUUCGGUUAGCGUCUGUGAAUAAUACAUAAAAGCAUUUUUUUUUUGGAAUUGAACGAUCUCUCUUUGAGUUGUGCCAACUUCUAGUUUGGCUACUACGGUUUGGGGAGGACCACAAUCCUGUAAGUGUUUGGCUGGGGAUUGCACAGAAACGUUUAGUGGGCUUGGAGAUUGGUUCUUAAAGUCUGGCCAUGUCCAUAUGCUUGGCCAGGCAUCAAUAUUUUAUUGAUUUUUAUUUCCCCAAAGCAUUAAAAAUUGAAUGAAUCGGUAAAUCUGUUUGCUGUUGUUUGAGUUCAGCCAUGUAAAGUGUACAAAAAGAACCCUUUCAUCCGAAAUGACCAACUUCCUGUUGGGAUUUGAGGUUAUUUGUGUUGGAUAACAUAUACCAAAUUUCACAAGCUUCUGUCAAAGGAGAAAGUUGUUGAAGUGAAGAAGGUCAAAGAUGGACAUCAUUAAGUAAAACAGGAGUUUCUGUUGUUAAUGAUUUUCUGGUUGGCCACAGCCACAUCCCUAAAUUAAAACUCAAGCUUUUGAUAACUUUCAGUUCCCCAUGCCUUAAAAGAAUGAUGAUCAAGUUUGAAGCUGACGCCUCAUCUAGGAGGAAUUUCUAUUGAAGGGAAAAGCUAGAGAUGGCUUGAAUGUGGCAUUUUUUAUACAAAAUGGCUGACUUCCUGUUCAGUACAUGCCUGCUUUAGA